GGACUUUUAUUUUGGUCUUAUGAUGUGACGCCAUAAGGCGGCGCUGCGACUCCGCGUUGGUUAUGUUAUGGCUGAAGAAAGAGUGUCCAAACACACAGAAAAACUCCUGGUGAAGCGACUGAGAUCCACAUGACACACUAUUAUAAAGAUGGCGUUUAUUAAAGAGGAGAGUGAAGACAUCAAGAUUGAAGAAACAUUCAGAGUGAAACAUGAAGAUACUGAGGAACAAACAGACCUGAUGCCACUGAAAGUGGAGAGUGAAGUACUGAAUGAUAUGGAAGAGAAAGAUCAGUAUGAGAAAUGUCAUGCUUUCAUUACUCGAGAAAAAUCAUUUAGUUGCUCGGAGACUGAAAAGACUUCCUCACGAAAAACAGCUCAGAAGACAGGAAAUGAAAGUUGUUUCACCUGCUUUCAAUGUGGAAAAUGUUUCAGUCAACAUGAAAACCUUACAGUCCAUAUGGGAAUUCACACUGGAGAGAGCCCUUAUGCCUGCCAACAGUGUGGAAAGAGUUUUACUCAAAAAGGAACCCUUAACAGGCACAUAAGAAUUCACACUGGAGAGAGUACUUUCACCUGCCAACAGUGCGGAAAGAAUUUUGCUCAAAAAGGAAACCUUAAAAAACACAUGAGAAUUCACACUGGAGAGAAGCCUUAUUCCUGCAGACUAUGUGGAAAGAGUUUCACAGCAGCACUAAACCUUAGGUAUCACAUGAACCGUCACAGUGGAGAAAAGCCAUUCAGAUGUGAUCAGUGUGAAAAGAGAUUCACACGUAAAGUACACUUUAAUAACCACAUGAAGAUUCACUCAAGAGAGAACUGUUUUGUAUGUCAUCAGUGUGGAAAAAGUUUCCCUGAAAAAGGAAACCUUAAAAUCCACAUGAGACUUCACACUGGAGAGAAGCCUUACACAUGCCCUCAGUGUGGAAAGAGUUUCACAUAUAAAAAAUCCCUUGAUGCCCACAUGAGAAAUCACACUGGAGAGAACCCUUUCACCUGUCAACUGUGUGGAAAGAGCUUCACUCAAAAAGGGAACCUUAAAAUCCACAUGGGAAUUCACACUGGAGAGAGUUCUUAUACCUGCCAACAGUGUGGAAAUAGUUUCACUCAAAAAGGAACCCUUAACAGGCACAUGAGAAUUCACACUGGAGAGAACCCUUUCACCUGCCAAAAGUGUGGAAAGAGCUUCACUCAAAAAGGAAACCUUAAAAAACAUGAGAAUUCACACCGGAGAGAAGCCAUAUACCUGCAGGCUGUGUGGAAAGAGUUUCACGGUACAGCUAAACCUUAGGUUAUCACAUGAACAGUCACUGGAGAAAAAACAAUUAAAUGAGAUAAGUGUGAAAAGAGAUUCACACGUAAAGAACCUUAAAGUGUACCUUUGCCAAUUUUCAACUCGCUUUGUAUUGUAACAAUGCCUGUAGUACAUGUAAACCCAGGUUUACCCGUUCUCCAUGUUACUUGAACCAGAGUCCUGCACGGGUCCUGUUUGAUAAACCCGAACCCGCCCUGCAGUAAUUAACAGAACACCCAACCCAGUAUCCAACAGAAACAGUCAUUUAAGUCCGUACCCGACCAGUAAAUACUGCGACCUGAACCGCACCCGCAUUAAAUCUCCUACAUGAGGUAGACAAAAAUCAUUUUCACAUAAAGCCUAACACAAGCAAUAAAACCAACAUUAGGCAUUCUGAGUCGAUGCAUUUAAUUAAACAUUGCAUUAAGCAACACAAGUAAAAUAAUAGAACAAAGAAUGUUUUGGAAGGGUUAGUUCACCCAAAAAUGAAAAUAAUGUAAUUUAUUUCUCACCCUUAUGUCGUUCUACACCCGUAAGACCUUUGUUCAUCUUCGGAACACAAAUUAAAAUAUUUUUGAUUAAAUCCAAUGGCUCAGCGAGGCCUGCAUACACAACAAUGGUACUUCCUCUCUUAAGAUCCAGAUAGGUAUUAAAAACAUAUUUAAAUCAGUUCAUGUGACUACAUUGGUUCUACCUUAAUAUUAUAAAGCGAUGAGAAUAUUUUUUGUGCGCCAAAAAAACAAAAUAACGACUUUUUAACUAUCUAAUGAUUGCCGAUUUCAAAAUACUGCUUCAUGAAGCUUUGGAGCUUCACGAAUCGAAUCAGUGGUUCGGAGGACCAAAGUCACGUGAUUUCAGCAGUUUGGUGGUUUGACGCGCGAUCCAAAUCACUAAUUCGAAUCAAAAGAUUCAUAACGCUCCGGAGCUUUUGAAAUCGGCCAUCACUAGAUAUUGUUAAGAAGUCGUUAUUUUGUUUUUUUGGCGCACAAAAAAUAUUCUCGUCGCUUUAUAAUAUUAAGAUAGAACCACUGAACUCACAUGAACUGUUUUAAAUAUGUUUUUAGUACCUUUAUGGAUCUUGAGAGAGGAAGUACCAUUGCUGAGCCAUCGGAUUUAAUAAAAAAUAUCUUAGUUUGUGUUCCGAAGAUGAACGAAGGUCUUACGGGUGUAGAACGACAUGAGGGUGAGUAAUAAAUGACGUUAUUUUCAUUUUUGGGUGAACUAACCCUUUAAAGCUAGUUAAUAUUUUAGCAGAUUCACUCGGCAUUUAAAUGCGGUUGUUUCUUCUGAAACUCAGCAGUGUUUACCUGGCUGCUGGUCCUCUUUGUAACAGCAUGAAAAAUAGGCUAAAUCUUUUAUUCAAAUUGAGAAUAUAUUAAAUGCAUAAAGCGAGCAAAGCACGCUUCCUUUUAAUAUAAUCACUAUAGCUUUCAAUCAGAUGAAGCGCGAUUGGCUACAAUGCUCAGCGCUGCAAAUCGUGCUAGAAGCCUUUCAUCCUCAGACAAGAGCGUGAACACGUAAGCAUGGGACCAUUUGAAAACAGCUGUCAAAUGCACUGAAUUGAGUUGAAUGGCAAUUUCACCCGCAGUGCCUACCGUGAGUCUGAACUGCACCGACCUGACACGUAAAUAUUAUUCCACUUGUUACAUCAAAUAUUAGCGGCGGGUACCAACCCUUGUGCAGGACUCUGACCUGAACCGAUUAUACCUGAAUACAAUUAUACAUGUUUGUUUGUCUGCAAAAUUCUGGGUGAAAACUAUAGAUUAUACUUCCAUGUUUUUCUGUCCUCGCCCACAAACAGUCAGAUCGACAGAGGGUUAUUAACGUAAGUUACUGUAAGGGUAGGUUUAUCACUGAAAAUUGUAUCAUACUAUGUCUACACUUUAAACAGCAUUAUGGUAAAAAUGGAACACUAUGGCAACAGCUUUCUUAUCUGUACGUGACUGUGUUUUGCUUCAGGGGGAACUGACAGAACUGCAGUUUCUUCCAGGUUUUCUUCUCUGUUUGGCCUCACACACUGUGAUCCUUGUCAUCCAGUUUGAAUUGUCUACUACAAACAGAUUUUCUGUCGCAGCGUUCUCUCCAUAUUUACAGUUCUUUGCAGCCUUCAGCCACUGCCUACAAUGGUCUGGAUGCUUCACUGGAAGCCAAAAGUAACUCACUCACCCUAAAUGUUUACUCUUUGAAUUCUUGCACCCGGAAACAAAACAAAUCAACACAGUUAUGAUUAAAAAUUUGCUACACUCCCACUAGCACAUGAGAAAUCACACUGGAGAGAGCCUCUGGAUCAAAGAUGAGACGUCAUUUUUUUUGGUGUCCACAUCAAAUUAAAUUUACAAAAGUGAUGUGCUUAAAUAUGGAAGUAAAAUGUCUAUGUUCAUGUUUCAAAUAACAUUUGUGAAAAUAAAAUGUCAAAAUAUGGGUGAAA